AACCCACAUCAGACUGGGGGUCCGGCUUUUUGAAUCUUGACCCAGCCUUACAUUUUGGGGAUUGCCGGAUUGGGACAAGUGUUGCGGAAGGGGACAGGUGGGUAACCUAUAAAAUGCCCAACCGUUCUCUCUCUCUCUUCACUUGCACUUCUCUGUCUUCUCUGUUUCAUGUUUGCAACAACAUUUUAAGUUCAGCAAUGUAUGAGAAUCUAGCAGCUCAGCCUGUGGUUCCAAGACCACCCUUGAUUCCCCGACCCAAUCCUUUUAUGAAUGCAUCAUAUGAAGCUGGUUCAGGACUCAUCCGAAGCGGACUUGGAGCAUAUGGAGAGAAAAUCUUGGGGUCGAGCUCUGAAUAUGUGCAAAGCAAUAUAAGCAGGUAUUUCUCCGAUCCCCAAUAUUAUUUCCAAGUGAAUGACCAGUAUGUGAGGAACAAAUUGAAGAUUAUUCUAUUUCCAUUCCUACACAGAGGACACUGGACGAGGAUUACUGAGCCUGUUGGUGGCAGGCUGUCGUAUAAACCACCCGUCUAUGACAUAAAUGCCCCGGACUUGUACAUUCCCUUGAUGGCAUUUGUUACUUAUGUUGUUCUUUGUGGUUUCUCAUUGGGUCUUGUUGGGAAGUUUAGCCCUGAAGCUUUAAGUUUGCAAUUCACAAAAGGAUUAUUAGGGUGGUUUCUGCAAGUUCUGGUACUCAAACUAUCAAUGUAUUCAUUGGGAGGUGGGGAAGCACCUUUGCUAGACCUUGUGGCAUAUGGUGGAUAUGCUUUUACAGGUAUGUGCCUAGCUGUACUAGGGAGGAUCAUGUGGAGCUAUGCAUACUAUUUCCUAAUGCCAUGGACAUGCUUUUCCAUGGGUGUCUUCUUGGUGAAGACAAUGAAGCGUGUUCUGUUUGCAGAGAUAAGGAGUUAUGAUUCAAGCAAGCAUCACUAUCAGUUGCUUUUCAUGGCUUUAGUGCAAGUCCCUUUUUUCAUCUGGCUUGGCAAUAUUGGGGCAUGAUUUUUAGUGUAUAUUUUAAUUUUGGAUCUAUUUUUAUGUUAGUUUUACAAAUAAUGAUACUAUUUUUUACUCAUGGCACUAUAGAAUUCUCUUUCACAGUUUUUA